AUAGAAAAGCGAAGAAUUAGUUAACAUAUUAAUCAAUUCAUCAUCAAUCACUCACCGUGUGGUUCAUCAUUCCUUCGCUUCUGCAAAUCCCAUGGCGGCCAUAACCCGCCUCCGCCUCGCCAAGCGCGCCUCCUUCGUCUCUCCUCUGGCCACCCGAACUUUCUCCUUCUCCCAAGUCAACGCUCCGCCGCACUUCGCCGCCUCCUUCCGCCGGGUUCCGCCGCUCGACAACCUGAGCAAGAGGUGUGUGCAGUGGGUGUUUCUCGGUUGUCCCGGCGUCGGCAAAGGCACCUACGCCAGUCGCCUCUCCAACCUCCUUGCCGUCCCGCACAUCGCCACCGGCGAUCUCGUCCGCGACGAACUCGCCUCCUCUGGUCCCCUCUCUUCCCAGCUAUCAGAAAUUGUAAAACAAGGUCAAUUGGUGUCAGAUGAAAUUAUAAUAAGUUUAUUGUCAAAGAGACUUGCAGCUGAGGAAGCUAAAGGCGAAUUGGGAUUCAUUCUUGAUGGUUUUCCUAGAACAAUAAAGCAAGCAGAAAUAUUGGAAGGGGUAACGGACAUUGACUCGGUAAUCAAUCUGAAGCUCCGAGAAGAUGUUCUGCUUGAGAAAUGCCUUGGUAGGAGAAUUUGUAAUCAGUGUGGGGGUAAUUUUAAUGUUGCUUCAAUUGACAUUAAGGCUGAGAAUGGGAGCCCCGGAAUGGUUAUGGCUCCACUUCUUCCUCCUGCGAAUUGCAUUUCUAAGCUCAUUACUCGAUCAGAUGAUACCGAAGCAGUAGUCAAAGAAAGGCUUCGAAUAUACCGUGAAAUGACUCAGCCUGUGGAGGAAUUUUACCGUAGCAGAGGAAAAUUAUUGGAGUUUAACCUGCCAGGGGGAAUCCCAGAAUCUUGGCCUAAGUUGCUACAAGCCCUUAAUCUUGAUGAUUACGAAGACAAGCGAUCUGCUGCAGCAUAAAGAUAUAAUAAUGUAUCAUGGUUGUAAGUAUGUCAUUCUUUGCGUGCAUAUAUAUUGCAUGCUUGGCAAUUUUGCAGGACAGAGAACCAAAGAAAGGGAACUUCCCUUUUAGUAUUAUUUUGGACAAAUAAUGAUAUUUGAAAUGCUGUAAUCUGAUAAAACGGAUAGUAUUUCUUUCGUUUUAAUUUGGUUAUAUGGGAGGAGUUUCCCAGCAUGUAAUGUUAUAGUGAAGAGUGAGUAUAUCACAGCAUGUAAUAUUAUUGUAAAUCAAAUGUGAAUGAACUUGUUGUUUUGCAUCA